UUCACAAAUAAAUAACUUGUUCUUCAUGUUAAUUAUUCCGGUUAGCUUCACUCUCUUCACCAUGGCAUCACCCUCUCAACUUGAAAUCAUCGAUAACGCGAUGUUUUGCAAUACCAAAUUUGCAUUAGCGUAUCCUGAUCCCGACCAAAAAUGGUUGAUACGAAGACACUUAAUUUCUCUUCAUAGAGAAUUUUCGUCUUUAUGUCCCAUUGUCGACACAUAUAUCCACCACGAUGGAGGCGGGGUGAACCUACUAAAAGUUGAUGGCUACUUGUAUAUCUCUCACUCGUUACCUUUGGUUCGUAUAAACAUUUGGGUCCAUGAGCACUACCCUCAUAUGGCACCUAUGGUUCAUGUGAACACGGACCUAACCAACCCAAUUCGUCUAAACCACCCGUUUGUGGACCCUUCGGGCUUGACCACCUCAUCUUAUUUGCACACGUGGAGACCUUUUGAGUAUGAUCUAUUAGGCCUUGCACGCAAUCUAGUAAAUAUAUUUUCCUUAGACCAUCCUUUCUAUGUUGCGAGUGUUCCUCCUAACAUGUCACACCCCUCAUAUGUGUCUAAAAUAGAAGGUAUGGACCGGCUUUGGUGGAUGCUUCACUAUGACAUGAUCGCGUUGAGGGAGGACACAAACGAUGAAGUAGAACAACUUGCUGCUCUUCAAGGUGAGAUGAGGGCGCGUGUUGACAUAACCGACAACAUGAUCAUUGGACUGGACCAUGAAAAGACUGAACUAAAGCAACGAGUCAAGGAAAUGACUGAUGGGGCGGAUACCUUGGUCAACUGGUUAUCGGUAAACAAGGUAAACUUAAGUGUAGUCAUUGGAGGGAGAGUUGAAGACGCGUUUGAAUGUGUAGACGAGAUCUCAACAAUGAAGAUGGAGUGGCAAGCCGAGGAUGACGCCUUGGAAGAAUUGUUGUUUAAACUCGAUGAUGCGCUUGUAAAAGACGUUAUUAGCCAUGAAACUUACAUUAAACAAGUUCGGGUUUUGGCUAGAGAGCAAUUUUUCGCUAGAGCCAAACUCGAAAAGUUGAACCGUGAAGGGUCCUCAAUUUUUCAAGUUUUUUGAUUGAUCUCAUCAUUGUACAUCCACACAUAUCAGUUAUACAUAACACAUAAAUUGAAUGAAAUUUAUCUACAUGUUCAAUUUUA